UAUUCUAUAUAUAAGUUUUUGUUUCUGUUUAUAUUAUAAAAUUGUAAUAAAUUUGUCCUUAAUUUGGUUCAGUAAUCAUUUUAAUCAUUAAACAUUUUUUUUAUAUGUCAAAUGGAAUCAAAAUCAUCACCCAUUGUUUUAGAAAAUGGAUUGGAUCUACGCCAAGUCACUACUACAGGAUCUCUGUUACACAUUAACCAAGAUUAUAACGAAAUAGAUAAUGUCGAAUAUGAUGAGCAAAAGAUUAACAAUCUUGUUGAUUUUAUCGGAACCCCAAUAAAAAAUCUCGAAGAAUUUGAGCAAAUUUUGGAACCAGUAGAUAAAGUUGGAUUUGUAAAAAAGAAAAUAGUAGAAGAAGGUGGUGGACAGCCAUUGAGUGAAGAAUUUACAGUUUCAGUAGCAUUUUCAGGUUAUUGGGAAAAUGAACCUGUGCCCUUUGAUUUGAAACCUACCGAAAAACCAUUGGUUGUGAAUCUUAAAGACAAUGCCUUAUUGCCUGGUCUUGAAGUAGCCAUCAAAUCAAUGUUGGUUGGUGAAUUGUCAGUGUUUUUAUUGUCAUAUCAAGUAAUGUAUGGUGAAAUGGGCAUCCCUCCUAGAAUAAAACCUAAAGCGAAAUGCAUUUUUUACAUAAAACUUGUAAAAAGUAUUCUAUCACCAAAAGAUGGACCACUAGAUUUUUCAGAAUCAAAUAUGUUUCAAAGAAUACUCAAAGAAGUUAAAAUGUUAUACAGUUCGGGAGUCACACUUCAUAAAACCAACAAUUUCUGUUCAGCCAUUCAGUUAUUCAAAAAGUCUGUUGUAAUGCUACACAAAUGUAGACUAGCUGAUGCUUCUGAAGAAUAUGUUCAAGAGAAAAUGCUAAUAAAAUUAUAUAUUAACCUAGCUAUAUGUUAUAAUAAAACUAAGCAACCACUAAAGGCAUGUAUAUCUUGCAAUGAAUUGAAUAGGUUAAACAGUCUUUGGAAUAAUGAAAAAGCACUUUUUCAGAAUGCAAAAGCAUUAAGAAUGAUAGGGCAAUUUGACCAUGCUGAAAAAAAAUUAAAACGAGCUAUGAAGUUACACCCUAACAAUGAAGACAUGAAAAGUGAAAUGGCCUUGAUAGUGAAAACUCGUGAUUCUUGCAAUCAGAAUAAAAUAAUUAUGAGUAAAAAUUUAAAUUCACACAUGCAAUUAAUUACAGAUAAUUUCAAACAUGAGGUAGACAUAUUAAUUAAAAAUUUUAAAGACAAUAUUAAUUUAACUAAAUUGAGUUUACCAGAAGGAUUAAACAGUACUGAAAGGGCAUACAUAAGAGAAUCUUGUAUAAGAGAGAAUUUGUUCUUUAGUAAAAUCAGGAAAGGUGACUUAGAAGGUUAUGAUGAAGACAAUUAUGUUUUAGAUAAAGAUAAUGAAUCUCUCAUUGGAUGACUUAAAUGUGAUGUAAAAAUGUAGGAAAUUGGAGUUGGCUGAAACAUUGUCUGUGGUUUUCUGUUGAAAAUUACUUGAGUGGUAAUAUAUUCUGCCAAAAUAUGUAAAUAAAUGAAAAAUAUGAGUGAAUCACAACAUACACACAUAUCCUAUGAUUUUGUGAUCUGUAUGCUGUGAUUGUAGAAAAAUUGUCAUUCAGAUAAUGCAGUGGAUUGUUAGGUCAUUGUUGACAAAAACAUUAUCUGUGUUUAAAAAUGUGCAAAAAUCUUGUUAAUAUAUGUAUUAUUUGGAAACAUAAAAUCUCUUCAAUUAUAAAAUAAUGCCAAAUUCCUUGAUAUUGAAAUGAUUGCACAUACAGAUGCUGUCAAUAUGGAAUACCGUAACAUUUUAGUGGUACAAAUUCGAAUCCGCGAUCAUCGGAAGUAAAGCGGUGUGCUGAACCUCUAAACUGCUGAUUUCGUCUAUAAAAUCAAGUUUUAAUGUACAAAUUAGGUAGAGAAAACAAAUAUCGCAACUGUGGCACAGUUUCUAUAAAAUGUCGUGCAGCUAGUCCGUCUAUUCUU